AGAUAGAAUGAUGUCAGUCAUUAAGUGGAAGCUUUUGUUUUAGCUAUCAUAUAAAAUUGAAAGAAUGAUACAUAAACUGCAGCAUACGUUACAUGUGAUCUGAAGGAAUUACUUUAGAAAACAUAUUUCAACUAAUAAGUUUAUAACAAUUUCAGACUUAGUGAUAGGAUUUGCGAGUACAUCAAGGAAUCAGUGCAAGUGAAGAACAUGUCGAACGGGGGUGAUGACGUCACAAAUAUGGAGGAGACCGGAUUUAAAGUAGUGAAGAAGAGAGUCGGUGGAGGAUACAAAUAUGUAAAAGUGAAAACUGAAGUGAAACAGAAAAAAGUUGAUCCGAUUCCAAGCAAGGAAGUUAAAGCUCAGAAUCAUAUUUCUGAAAAACUGAAGGAAGAGUCCGAAAAACAUGAACACGAAAAAUCUGAGAAAAAUGGAAAAGAAAGUAUUGGAAUUCAAUCACCUGCGGGGUCAUAUGAAAGUAUAUCUUUGCCAUUUUCAUCAGCAGAUCUCAGGCGAGAGAAUACGUGUGAAGGAAAAGUACGGUACGAAGAUUUUCCGAUCUUGAACUAUAUACAGGAAAAUGUUAUUGGAAACAACAUAACGAUAAGUGGGCCAUUUGGACCCAAAAGAGCGGUCUAUUGCGACUAUACGGCUUCUGGUCGAUCCUUGACAUUUAUAGAAGAUUAUAUACGGACAUUCGUCUGUCCGUUCUAUGCCAACACACACUCGGAGACCGGAAGAAACGCCCGACAGACUUCUAGAUUUAGAGAAGAAGCGAGGUCGAUAAUUCGAAAAUGUGUGAACGCGGGAAAAGAUGAUGUUGUGAUUUUUACUGGAAGCGGCGCUACAGCGGGUUUGCAUAAAAUUGCUUGGGGACUGAAAAUCAACCAACCUAGAGUAGCAGAAGAAACGGUGGUUCUGAUUGGACCCUACGAGCACCAUGCCAACAUGUUACUUUGGAAAGAAUUCGGCACGACAGUGGUACGUGUACGAGAUAAGGACGACGGAUUAAUUGACACUGACCACUUGGAGACAGAGUUAAAAUUUUGGAAAGACAAAAAGCGACAUAUGCUGGUGUGUGUAUCUGCUGCCAGUAAUGUGACAGGAAUAGUUACCAAUACAGACGAGAUCUCCUCUCUAGCCCAUCAGUAUGGGGCCCUCGUGGCAUUUGAUUACGCCGGUGGGGGACCAUACCUUGAUAUCAAUAUGAACUCUUCAAAAAAGAGCUGUAAAGAUGCAGUGUUCAUUAGCCCACACAAGUUUGUCGGUGGGCCAGGCUCACCUGGAGUUGUUGUGGCAAAGAAAUGGAUGUUCAGAAAUAACGUACCUGACAGAGUUGGUGGAGGGACUGUGGUUUAUGUCUCCAGAGACACACAUGCUUACACGAGCGACAUUGAGGCUCGGGAAGAAGGCGGUACACCCGCAAUUAUUGAAUCAAUACGCACUGGACUGGCCUUUCAACUGAAGGCGGCUGUAACAGAGAAACUCAUUGCUACCAGAGAUGAGGAUUUAUGCUGCCGAGCAUUUUCGGUUUGGGACAGGAAUCCUAAUCUCGUUGUCCUAGGAAGCCACACAGCUGAAAGGAUAACCAUCUUUUCAUUCAUCGUGCGCCACGAAGAGACAGGAAAAUUCGUGCAUUACAACUUUAUAUCAACACUUUUAAAUGAUCUCUUUGGCAUUCAGUCUCGUGGUGGCUGCGCAUGUGCUGGACCUUACGGUCAUGAUUUGCUUGGAAUAUCUGAACCAAUGGCAAAACGAUUGAAAUGGUUUACCAACGAACAACCAGGAAUGGAAUCGAACUGUCCACAAAGUCCAAUAGGAAUAAUGAGACCUGGUUUCGUGCGCGUGAAUCUGCCAUAUUUCUAUGACGACAAAACCAUUGAUUACAUCAUCAAAGCUGUAGAUCUGGUGGCUACGCAUGGCUGGAAGCUUCUCCCUUUGUACACUUUCGACCCAUACAGCGGUGCUUUCAUCUACAAAGGCGAAAUAUCGGAAGAUAAUGAGGAGGACCUGUUCAGUUUGCAGGAUAUCGAUUAUCGCGGGAGAUUUCACGUGAACCGGAAACCACCUGACCUUGCCAGUACUAUUUUGCUCGAUGACAUGCUGCGAGACGCCGAAAACAUCUUCCGAGAAGUUUCGGACAACAAAAAGGCAAGGGUGUCAACGGCGUCGAAGAAAUUGAAUGAUAUUAUUCCAAAGGACAAACGAAAACUUCGUUGGUUCCUGUCUCCACAGGAAGCUAGUGACUUGACAACAGGAUCAAAGAAAGUGCGACGCUACAAGCAGAUUAUGACACCGAGACUUGAUAGCAGACUAACGGAGUCGGAUUCGGCACCGGAAACGUUCAGGAGCCACUUGUCAGAGUCAAACCGUAUAGAAGAAACAGCGUAUGGUAACACGAACUCACAGGAAAAAAAUCGUGGCGACAAGGACAGUGCAAUGAAAAAAGAAUUUAAAACUGACAAACUGAAUUUGCAAAAUAUAUGUGAGACUUGUGAAACGGACAAACCAGAAGCGCUCUCAUCCAGGAUGCAAUAUUCAAAAUUACAAGACACAAGCACGAAAAUGGCAUUUACAAAAUCACAGAAGAAAUUGAACGAAUUCAUGCCUGUCAGAGAAAAAGACGUGAUGUCUUCGUUUGCACCAAAAAACCAAAAGUCUCGAAUAUUGCUACCAAAGAUCUAGCAAUCAUGUAUUUGCAUUUUCAGAGAUAGGAUCAGAUUGUUUUCGUCUUUUCGUCCAUUUCGUAAUCGAACUUUUAACGUACUCUAAUAGACAUUUGCAAAUUGAGGCAUUUUUAAAUAAGAUAUACAGUGUUUAAUAAUAUUAACUAAUGUAACUAAUGUAAGCCUGUCCUUGAUAAUCAUCAGUGUUACGGAAUAUCUUAGUAAGAAUAUGUAUGCGGUAAAAAAUGAUUUACGUUAUUUUUUAGCGUUUGAGUAUUUAAAUUACGGUUAUUUUGCACUUUCGGAUUAAAAUCUUUUUUCUACCAUGUAGAAUUUAAUUAAACCCUGAUUUUUCAAAACUUCAGAAUACUAGUCUACUUAUUAAAUUCAGCAAAUAAAAAAGAUACGGUCGUGUGCUUGAUUUUUGCUAGGCUGAUUUGAAACAUUUGGACUUCGCACAAGUUUUGACUAAAUUUUUCCCGAAUAGAAAUUGUUCUACAACGUAGAUUUUAAUGAAACUACAUACAAACGCAUGACCUAUAUUAUGAUGAAAUAAUUUAUGCGUUCGUCAUGUUUUAAGAGAUCUGUCCAUUUCAAGCCGAUUUUAAGAAAUUAUUUUCAUGUCCAAUGUUUUACAAAAAAAGUGUUGUAAAGCAUAUCUUAAGUUUAGAUAGAUAAGUAUGUUGCCAUUUUAAUAAAUUUACGCAUGAUUAGCCAUUGAUUCAUAAAAUGGUUUUCGUCUCCGUACGCCGAGUCCAGGCUUUAUUCUACAUUAUCCGGAUAAAUGACGUUAAGCCAUCACUUCCGGUUCAUCAAACGUGCAGAACUACCUUAAGGGUUAACGAUAAUUCGCUUUUUUGUUUUAUGAGUUUCAGACCUGUUUUUAUAGAUCUUUGGUCAAUUAACCAUCGUCUGCAUUUAACAGUGGAAUCUUAAAUAAAUCGUAAAUAAAUCAGUGAUGUUUCUAUUCCAUAAUUAUUUUUUAUUGAAAAUAUUUCAGAUUAAGUUAGAUGAUGAUUUUGAUAAUUUAUUACCAACAAACGAUAACUUUAUACUAUUGUUGAUAUUGAUUGUUCUACCUCAUCAAAGAAAAUUUACAAUAAACAUAAUACAGCA